GAGAGGGAACGCCACCGACGCACGCACACUGUCUCAGCACUCUCGAAAGAGUUUAUUCGGGUGUAAACUAAGUUGUCAACCAGACUGGCACACCGAACAUUGUUCUCCAGGUGGAACUAAGUGGACUUUAUUAGGGGCUCCCUAGCACUCGGAUCUGUUCUUCUCUCCCAGGUUCAGACUGCUUGGUCUAUGGCUCUGAUGGACAAACAUAAACAGGUCAAGCGGCAGAGACUUGACCGCAUUUGUGAGGGUAUCCGACCCCCCAUCCUGAACGGGCCGAUGCACCCGCGCCCACUGGUGGCCCUGCUGGACGGGCGCGACUGCACUGUGGAAAUGCCCAUCCUCAAAGAAGUGGCCACAGUGGCCUUCUGCGAUGCUCAGUCCACACAAGAGAUUCACGAGAAGGUGCUAAAUGAAGCAGUGGCCGCCCUGCUGUACCACACCAUCACUCUGUCCAGAGACGACUUGGAAAAGUUUAAAGGCCUUCGAGUAAUUGUCAGGAUCGGCUCUGGCUUUGACAAUGUUGAUGUGAAAGCAGCAGCUGAGCUCGGCAUUGCAGUCUGUAACGUGCCAGCUUCUUCGGUGGAGGAGACGGCCGACACUUCGCUAUGUCUGAUCCUCAACCUGUACAGGCGAGUCACCUGGAUGCACCAGGCCCUCAGGGAGGGAACCCGAGCCUCUAGUGUGGAGCAGAUCAGGGAGGUAGCAGGCGGUGCUGCUCGUAUCCGGGGCGAGACGCUGGGCAUCAUCGGUCUGGGGCGUGUUGGCCAAGCAGUGGCUCUGCGGGCUAAGGCCUUUGGUUUUGGCGUAAUCUUCUAUGACCCCUAUUUGCCCGACGGCGUGGAACGCUCACUGGGCCUGCAGCGCAUGGCCACCCUGCAGGACCUGCUCAUCCACUCUGACUGUGUAUCCUUGCACUGCAGCCUCAAUGAGCACAACCACCACCUCAUUAAUGACUUCACCAUCAAACAGAUGCGUCAGGGAGCCUUCCUGGUGAACACGUCACGAGGUGGUCUGGUUGACGAGAAAGCAUUGGCUCAGGCCCUAAAGGAGGGACGGAUACGAGGGGCUGCCCUGGACGUCCACGAGACAGAACCCUUCAGUUUUUCAACAGGCCCUCUGAAGGAUGCCCCCAACCUGAUCUGCACCCCGCACACAUCCUGGUACAGUGAGCAGGCAUCUGUGGAGGCUCGUGAGGAGGCAGCCAGGGAAGUACGUCGCGCCAUCACUGGGCGUAUCCCUGACAGUCUGAAGAACUGUGUGAAUAAGGAGUAUCUGAUGGCAGCCUCUCAGUGGCCCAGCAUGGAGGCCGCCACUGUUCACCCAGAACUUAACGGAGCUACCUACAGAUUUCCUCCUGGUCUGAUUGCAGCAGCAGGGGGUCUCCCAGGAGCUGGCGCAGGGGUUGAAAGCCUGGUUUCAGGAACCCUGGCGCACGGCAUCGCCCCAGUCUCUCAUCCCCCACGUGCCCCCUCCCCUGGGCAGCCUAACAAGGCCGAAGCCGACAGAGACAUCCCCUCUGACCAAUAGCCCCCUCCACCGCCGCCAGCACAUUCCGUCACCUCUGGAAACCGCCACCCUCCCCUCCCCCCACAAACCCCACCUCUCAGCAUCAGACACAGCCCGACCCUCCAGUACGUCAUUGGCAGCACCAGUUUGACCUGACGUGGAUCUACACAGUCUUGUUUCUCAGAUCACGUAACCAGCCCAGGAUAGACCCAUCCCAUCCCCACCCCCAGAACACGUACCCCUCCAUCCUCGUUCUCAUCUCAUCUCACCCACCUACCUGCCACCCCGUCCCUCCCCUCCCCUCCCCCUCUUCACGCCCCCACAACGUCAGCAAUAACUGUUCUCAAGGAUUCAAAGAUUGGAUUGGUUUAGUUCCUUAGUUGGCUGUUGUUUUAAUGGAAAUUUGAUCUGUUGUGGUUCUAGGUGUUAAUGUUUUUUUGUUUGUAAAAAAAGGAAAAAAAAGCAUUUCUGGCAUGAGGCUUUACAGUUUGCAGUCCUCUGACCAGAAGAGGCACAGAGGCAGAAAGGUUAAAGCCCCCCUUUGUACAUUAAUGGCUCAUGUUACUGCUCUCUUCUUCUUCUUCUUCUUCUUCUUCUUCUUUUCUUUUUUCCCUCUCCCUCCCUCCACCUUUCUUGUGAUGGGGGUAAAUGUGUACUAAAGUAAAGCAGACAGAAUCACAAACAGUACAUCCUGUCCUCUCCCCACCAGGCAUCUAGCUGCCCUCCGCCCAGUUUUGCCCUUAGCUCUCCCUGACACUGUCGUCAGCUUGCUCAGCAGAGGGAUCCACAUUGCUGUGAGUGUGGAGCUCUCUCAGACUGUCAGAGUGUGUUUUAUCUGAUCAGCUCAUACUGAAACUCUCAACCCCCACUGAACAAUGUUCCAUUUUACGGAGUGAUACCCAAGAUCCUUUGUCACCUCUUGUUGCUGUGUCCGUCUAGUUGAAGGACAGUCGUCCCUGUUUCUACAUGCUUUGCCCCUCCUGGAUAGUUUCGUUAUGAUAUAAUAGUUAGUGUGUCACAUCAGAAAACUCCUACAGCAGCAGUGUGUGAGGUCUUUACACAUGGUGCCCACAUAGUAAA